UGCUCGGCGGCCGAGAGGCGCGGGGGGGAAAGGUUCCCUGUCGGGAAUAAGCCCUUUGCAGGUGGCGGAGGAGGUGUGCGGGGCUCGCAGCCGCCAUGAACCCCGGCAGCGCGGCGGGGGCGGCGCCGGCUUUCCCUGGUCCCGUGCAGUUCCCUGGUGGCACCACCGUGCUGGUGGAGCUGACCCCCGACAUCCACAUCUGUGGCAUCUGCAAGCAGCAGUUCAAUAACCUCGAUGCCUUCGUGGGGCACAAGCAAAGCGGGUGCCAGCUCACCAGUGCAGCAGCCGGGGCCACCAGCACGGUCCAGUUUGUGUCAGAAGAAGCGGUACCAUCGACACAGACCCAAACCACAACCAGGACCAUCGCUUCAGAGACCCAAACCAUCACAGUUUCUGCACCAGAGUUUGUGUUUGAGCAUGGCUAUCAAACAUACCUGCCCAGUGAAAGCAGUGAGCCUCCCACUGCUGCUGUCAUCUCUACGCCACCAAAAGCACGGUCAAGAAAAUCUUCUUCCUCACUUACACAGAAGAAAUUAAACUGCUGCUAUCCAGGUUGCCAGUUCAAGACUUCCUAUGGUAUGAAGGAUAUGGAACGUCAUCUACGAACACACACAGGAGACAAGCCCCAUAAAUGUGAAGUUUGUAACAAAUGCUUCAGUCGUAAAGACAAGCUGAAGAUGCACAUGCAUUCCCACACUGGGGUGAAGCCUUACAAGUGUAAGCACUGUGACUAUGCAGCAGCUGACAGCAGCAGCCUCAACAAGCACCAGCGCAUUCACUCCAACGAGCGCCCUUUCAAGUGCCAGAUCUGUCCCUACGCCAGCCGCAACUCCAGCCAGCUGACUGUGCACCUCAGAUCCCACACAGGAGAUGCUCCUUUCCAAUGUCAAGUGUGUCCUGCUAAAUUUAAAAUCAACUCAGACUUGAAGAGGCACAUGCGUGUUCAUUCUGGGGAGAAACCUUACAAAUGUGAGUUCUGCGAGGUCCGCUGUGCCAUGAAAGGAAACUUGAAAUCACACAUUCGUAUAAAGCACAGCAUGGAAAACACCCUCAAGUGUCCAGAGUGUGACUUCCAGUGUGGAAACAAAACCAGUCUUCGGCACCACGUGAGAACUCAUCAGCCCGAGCAGCCAGUGAAGUGCUCAGAAUGCAACUACUCCUGCUCCAACAAGGCAGCUCUGAAAGUGCACGAGCGAAUCCACUGCAAGGAUCGUCCCUUCAAAUGUGAGUUCUGCAGCUUUGAUACCAAGCAGCGGAGCAACCUGACAACUCAUGUGAGGAAGGCUCAUGGUGACAAAGUCAAGACGAAGAAGCAAACUGGAGAGAAGAAGGAAGGAGAUAGGCCAAAGCAAGGCGGCUCCAGGCAAGUUGCCAAACUGGAUGCCAAAAAAGCAUUUAAGUGUGACCUGUGUGAUGCUUCCUUUGUCCGAGAAGAUUCUCUUAGGAGUCAUAAGAAGCAGCACAGUAUGUAUAAUGGAUCCAAAAAUAAUGAACUGGCUGUUCUGCAGCUCCAGAUGGAUCCCGGUCGGCAAACCACUGCCCCAAUUACUGUCAGUCACCUCCAGGUCCCACUUCAGGCUGCUCAGGUUUCUCCAUACAAUGAGGGAAGGGUCAAGAUCAUUGUGGGUCAUCAGGUCCCUCAGGCUAGCAGUAUUGUUCAGGCUGCAUCAGUGAAUGUCGUGCCUCCUACAUUAGUUAGCCAGAAUCAGGAAGACCUCUCUGCCAACAGCCGCUUGCAGCUUCUGGGCCAAGUCAGUUUGUUGGCACCACCUCCACCUCCCAUAUCUCAGAGUGAAGCAGGGCCUGUGGCACAACCAGCAGUUCUUCUCACAACCCACGACCAAAGCGAUGGAAGUGCCUUACACCAAACCCUGAUCCCUGCUGCACCUGUCAGCAGUCAUGAGGCUUCAGCAAAUCAAGCUUUCAUCACCAGCUCUGGAAUCAGCUGCUCUGACUUAGAAGGCCUUAAUGCUUUGAUACAAGAAGGAGCAGCAGAAGUGACUGUGGUUAGUGAUGGAGGCCAGAGCAUAACAGUGUCCACUUCAGCUCCCCCUCCUCCUAUCUUCUCUUCAUCCUCUCACACAGAAGCCCCUAAGCAGACCUAUUCUAUCAUUCAAAGUGGAGCCCAUACAGCUUUGCUGUGUCCAGCAGACUCCAUACCAGAUUAGUCUCAAAGUACUAGAAAUUUCAAUCUCAGAGGCAGUGCUGAAGUCAGCAGAAAUGCAUAGGACAUGUAUGAAUGCAGGAUUUGUCUUACAAAGCCCAAUACCUUCCUCUUGCUCAUUUUACUUACCUGUAUGUGAAAACAUGCAUCUUGUAUGUGAAACAGAGGAUGUGUUUGUUUAUGUGCCUCUAUUGAAAUACAGGCUGUGUGCUUUGUAAAAUCUGAGAACUGAAGCAACUGUUGACAAUUUCACCAUGCAGUGACAAUUUCACCAGCUUCCCACAAUUUGAUUCUUGUAUUGUGGUGGCUAAAAUAAGAAAGCCUCACCUUAUGAUGAAUUACCUUCACAGCAGACUCCUUCUUUCAUGCACACACAAAAAGGUAAUAGUCCAAGCUAUUCAAAAGUAUAUUUUUAAGUGAAAUAUGUUUCAAUUACGUGCUGCUUAUGCAUUAACUGCACCUUCAUCAUUGCUGAUCUGUAAGAAACAUCUACUAUUAAGUCUAAUGCAGCCCUGGUUAAGUUUAAGGGUGCUGUUCCUUGUUAUCUGUAGAAGUUGCUAGCACCUGGCACUUAAUCUGGAAAUGCUUCUGCAGAAGACCAGGUGAUCAAAUUUAGUCAAAUUUAGAAAACAAAAGAAUUUUGUCUGUCCAACAGUACUAACUUUGUUAGCAAGAAUACUACUGCAACUUAUAUAUAUAUAUAUAUAUAUAUAUCAGGGAUCUCUGUCAGAGACACCUGUAUUUUAAAGAACAAAACAACUGCCAAUAUAUUUUUUACAAACACUACUUAAAUUUUGCUUUUAUCUUUAUGCUGCCUGUUUGUAACUGCAUGGGUGGUAAAAGUGCAUUAUGUUUUGGCUCUGUUCUUUUUAAGUUAAAAAGGAAAAAGGAAAAGAUGAAAUUCAUUCCAUUUAAAAUUUAAAAAACAAAAUGGAUUCUAAUCCAAAGUCUGAAACUCUAGCAUGAAUUGAGAUUGGAUCACAAUGACGUGGUAAUUUAACAUUAUAUGAUACACAUUUCUGUAAUGAAUGAAUUCUAUUUG